UUCAAGGGAAAAAGUUCUGCCUGAUUUAGCAGUCGGUGUGCCUCCUCCCUCGGCACGCCGGAAAGGUGGCCUUGCUACGCUUCUACUCAGAUCCCCGAAGAGACUCUUGCGGAAAGCUGCAUAAACCGACCGCACCCCCGGGUAUAAAUACUGCGGCGGCAUUUCUCAGCACUUGCCACAUUGGAUAGCACGCAGAACCAGACAUGAAGCUCACCGUCAUUACCUUGGCCCUUGCAACCAUUGCGCAAGCCCAUGUCCUGGUUCCUACAGGAACCCACUUCCUGGCCGUGGGCAAGAGACCGCUUUUCGUCGUUCCGCCCUAUCACAGCGGAGUAUCCCACGUCAACCCAUUCACUGUCAUUUUCCUUUCACCUGAAACGGUUGACAGGCCCAAGGACGUCGCUGAGAAGCCCGACGCAAAAGUCCCUGCUGGCGAAGAGCCUGCAGUCGCCGCCAAGCCGGCGUUUCCUGCCCAAGAGGAUGCAGAAGAUGGGGCGCCCUCAACCGAAGGGGACAACAACGGAGACAGGGACGAGGUGCUGGACGUCGACGGACCGCUUGAGCAGCCGAAAUUAAAUGAGGACGACGGCGACGAUGGUCUCGGUUUCAAGAAGCCAGGAGGAGAGGAAGUCCCUGGGGUCUUUGCUAAGCCCGCAUUUAAUGAUCCAACUGAAGUGGGAGACGGUGAAGCAACGGAAGACAACAAUGCAGCGACUGAUGAUGAAAAGAAGCCCACUGAAGAUGCUGGGGAUAGUGCAGUUUCAAAAGACCCAUACGUUCCUUACGUCAGGCUACCAUCUGGUCUGUUCAGUCCUGUUUUGGAGGACGGUGCCACCGCAAAAGGAAAGGGUGGGAAAGUAGACGAGAACGCGUAUUAUGUUGGAUACGUCGUCCCUCCCGUUCUGCAGGGUGCUUAUCCUUAUUUUGCUCCGCACGUAGUCUACAGACCAGCCCCGCAUGCAUACGUAAAUCUUGGAUAGAGAUUAUAGGGUGGGUGAUAUGAAAGGAACUCAGAGAGACAGCUUCCGCGACACUAUAAACGACUUUGUAUCCGUAUUAUAUUAAAUGUUUUAUUGAGAGUUUAGA